GGUGGAAUGCUCUUCUUUGCCUUCAAAGCUAGCAUCGUCAAAAACGCUCACUGCCUACAUUCUCUUGCUACCAUCCUAAACGUGCUGUACAAGCCUUUGCGGUCUUCACGCCGCCAACGCUGUGCAUCUGCUGGAUCCGUCCCCCCCAGCAGCCUCCGAUAGAAGCUGCCCGACUCAAAAGUCGAGUCGACCUCUUCUCUCAGCCGUGUCUCUCCUAUCCUAUUAACUCUGGAACCAGACACUCUCGUCUGGCUAGUCAUUCUUUUACCGUCGCUCUCCCUGUUGCGCCAGCUGUCUAUCCUCACCGCCCUCGCUCGCUAUCGAUACUUGCCAGCAGAUUAAUCCUCGAAUCUAAUCGGUCCAUUCAUUUUUACUUUGCAAUAACGUUAUCCGUUUUGCUGUCACCUCUGCAAGUCGAGGAAGAAAAUAUCCACUCGCUCCAAUUAUCAAUUGAUUAUUCCCUGAUUCAGGACUCUUGUGCUCGUUGCGAACCACCAGGCAGGCGAUUUCGAUUAUCCCUCGACUAUCUUCACCCACCAAGCUGAAGCACGCCCGACCACCGACGACCUCAAUCCUUCAAAUAACGACCCCUCUACCCUUUCCUCGUUAUAUGCUCCAAAGCCUGUCAUCUUUCCAGCUCGCAGUCGAAUCCUUACAGCUCACACCUUGUUCCUCCCCUCCCCUCCGACAUGAAGGACAUCUCCAACUCCGUGAGGACUGCACGUCAAACGGUCUAUCCCAAGAAGAAACCGUCGCCCUAUGGCGUAUCGAAAUCACGGAGACAUCAACAAUCGCCUCUCUGUCCUCCGCAAGCCGUGGUUCGAAAGUCCCCUCGCGGGGCCAAGACCGAACACGCAGUUCAGCGGCAACGCGAAGCACAGAUUCUGGCUCUACGACGGGAAGGGAUCCAUCUAGAAGAGGAGUAUCGUGACGAGAUACAAGAGUAUAUGCAAGUCAUGGAGCGUCACACCAUAGCCUCUGUCGCGUCGAUGGACCAGCAGCCUGAGAUAAGGUGGCAUAUGCGUCCGUGCUUGACGUUGUACCUCACGCUGAACGUCAUUGACCGCUACGUCUCGCGGCGGAUAGUGUACGUCAAGCACUAUCAGCUAGUGGGCUGCGCUGCGCUCUGGAUCGCGGCGAAAUUCGAGGAUGCCAAGGAGCGUGUUCCUACCGUCCAGGACCUCGCACAGAUUUGCCGGGACACCUACGACGAGUCAGCGUUCAUCCAGAUGGAAGGCCAUGUUCUAUCUACCAUCCAAUGGGCUCUCGGACACCCAACAGCGGAGGCUUGGCUUCGUCUGCUAUGUUGUGGCCCCUGCGUAGAGGACGUCAAGGUUCAACAUGUCGCUCGUUUCCUCAUGGAAAUCACUCUGUUCUACCGCGAAUUUGUUGAGUUCGUGCCCUCGGCCAUCGCGCUCGGUGCGCUUAUCCUCGCCCGCCACAUAUGCGGCAAGUCCCAGAGAACUUACGAUGACACAGACGAUGCUUUGACAAUAGUCGACCUCUUGGAUAGGCGCCUCGCUGAACACGUCAACGACUUGUCAGAAACGCUGGUUAAGAAGUAUUCUUACGCAUUUUACUCCAAAGCAGCGACGUUGGUGGUUCAGUAUUACUUGGAAGGCGGUCGCUUCCAGCGCCAGCCUCUCGCUCCUUUACCGAUGACUCCCGUCAAGGCGCAUUCUCCCAAGAUCUGCACACCGGCAAGCGUAUCUACUGUCGCAUCAGACCUCUCAGACGAUAUGCCCGCGACGCCAACGAGUCCAGCAAUUCCUAGCGAUCCGUUCUCUGGCUACAUAUCCGACGACAAGGAGAAUUUCUCGUCGUCACCGACGUUCUCUCCGAGGGUCAGUAAACAUGCCGUGGAGCAGGUGCCAGAACAGUUCCUACCUCACGAGUUUGUCACCAUGGCCCGUCCGGCUCUCCACAGCCUCAACGCCUCAUCACCUCGCGUAGCCGCAGUGGCAUAACCCACCACUCGACGUACUCUUCCUCUUCCCCUUCCCCCGAUUCGUCUCCCCACCCUGGGUUGUAAGAUGUCUCCCGUCGCACACCUCAUAUCGCAUUGAAAAUGUAUCAACAUACCAUACAAGUCGAUCCAUCGGCAUAUCACCACAUUUCUCUCUCUGCAAUCUCUCUGCAACAUCAAUCAUCCAUGCAUCCUGUCUCUGCGCAUCGUCUCUCGCUUUCCAUCGCCUAUAUCCAUCGUCGAGAACACAAGAUCGGUCGCACAGGGAACGACGUGGGUGGGACGAGUGUACGGCCGUGCCCCAGUGUAUCAGCAGUGGUGUAUCAUCAUCUGGACAGCUUCGUUCACUGGUUAGCGUUCGUCCGUGUCGUUUAGGCCGCUUGUGUUUCUGCCACAUCGAACUGUCUCGCUCACCACACUCUUUCGGUUGUCGCCCUGCCCUAUGCACCCUGUCCUCCGUGUCGCCUUACGCGAUGAACUCGUCGUCCUUCACCCCGUUAUUCAACCCCCCCUUCUUUUAUAUCUUAUUCUUCACGUUUAUUGUACUCCUUACACCUUACCGCUUUCUCCCUUUCCCUUACACCCCGCAUUCACCCGCACUUUAUUUACUGCACAUUGUCCUCGCCUUCUGUUCCUAGUUCUCGUCAUCGUCAAUGUUGCAGCAUCGCUCGAAUCAUCGCACCUUUCAUUGCACCCGGUCAGCCUGACUGGACCUGACAUCGGAGCUUCU